AGUGCGUCCGGAUGAUUGAGACUUACAUUCGGAAGGCCUCGGGAACUUGGCUAAUAUAAAAAUUCCAUUAUUAUUGUUUUGAAUUAGUAAUCAUAGUACUGACACUGCUGCGUUGAAAUGGGUGGAUGCUGUUCAGCACAGAUGAGGUGUUGGUGUGGGCCAGCCUCCUGUGGUCUGUGCUGUCGAUUUCUUCCACAGAUCAAUGAAUCCACAGGAACCCGCUGCAUGUAUACAGUGUUUCUGGUCAUUGGAUUUGCUUUGGCAGCACUGAUGCUGUCCCCACAGCUUGAAGAUGCCUUUAUUGAAAGUGUGCCUGGAUUCAAUGAAACUUGUGUUCGAUUAAUGGCCGGAGAAAACUGUGAUAAAUUAACAGGAUACAAGGCUGUGUAUCGCUUGUGUUUAGGGAUUUUCGCCUUCCAUUUUGUGCUGUGUUUACUCACUAUUUGUGUCAAAUCAAGUUCCUAUUGCCGUGGAGGAAUACAUAAUGGGUAUUGGUUCUGGAAAAUUCUGUUGUUUCUUGGUUGCAUUGCGGGAUCAUUUUUUGUGCCAAAUACAUUUAGACUGUACUGGAUGUAUGUGGGGAUGGUUGGAGGAGUGAUAUUCAUUGUGUUCCAAUUGAUCCUCCUGGUAGAUUUCUGCCAUUCUUGGAAUGCUAAGUGGGUUGGAACAAAGGCAGGGAAAAAAAGCACCUGUGGGUAUUGUGGAACACUGGUGUUUGCUACAUUGUUUUAUAUGAUGAGUGUUGCUGCUGCCUUUAUGCUGUAUUGGAACUACACCAGCUGGGACGGGUGUCUUCAUAAUAAAAUAUUUAUUGGGGUCAACACAGGACUCUGUAUCAUACUGUCAGCAAUUACCAUUGUGCCUGCUGUGUCAAAGUUUAAUCCUAACACAGGAAUACUGCAGGCUUCUGUAAUCACGGUGUAUGUCAUGUAUCUUACAUGGUCUGCUCUGUCCAGUGAACCUCCAGAAGACAUUGUAGAGUUGGAAAAGACCAUUAAAGUCAUCUUUGCAAAACAAAGUGAUGAGGAGGGUGCAAACAAGGAUGUUUCAUUUCAAAUGGAAGGACUUGAGGAUAUGCGUUCAAUACACACUCCAUCAAACUCCACUCAGUGUCGUCCUAUGCCAACAUUUGACCACAUGGAAAUGAUAUCAGCAUACACUGGCCUUUUAAUUACACUUAUAGUGGCCAUUUAUUCAAGUUUACAAACUUCAAUGGCCUCCCACCGUCUUGGAGUCAGAAGAACAGCGCCCCCACAGGAAAGAUAUGAGUGCUGUUGUUGCUGUAAAGUCACAGGAAGGAGAAAUCAUUCAGAAAAAGGAGGACAGAUGGUUAACUACGAUGAGGCAGAGGCUUCAACAUACAAUUACGCCUUUUUCCACUUCAUGUUUUGCUUGGCAAGUUUAUAUGUCAUGAUGCAGCUGACAAAUUGGUACCGACCAAAUGAAACAACAGAUCUGAACAAAUUUGGACUUAACUGGGCAGCGGUGUGGGUCAAAAUGGCUUCUAGUUGGCUCUGUGUGUUUAUAUACAUCUUGACAUUGUUCAGGCCAAGGUGUUGUCCGGGAAGAGACCUCGCUUUUCGUAAAACUGAGAUUCAGAUCGAUGGAGAAGAUGAACCAAUGAGGAGAGAAAGCACAGUCUAAUGUAAAUUACCUUGACCAACAUGUACCUUGAAAAUUAAACUGUAUUUUCCUAUAAAAACAUAGAAAAUUUAAUUGAAAUCAUAUACAAGAGCCACUGGGAUUUCGUAUUUUGAAUAUGACUCAAAAAUCUACUUAAUGUGUGUAACGAUCUGAUGAUCACUUUUUAGAUGAAAUCCUUUCCUUGUGUAUUGAUUCAUGUGUGCAUGGGUUUCAUUUUCUUUUUUUCUUUUAAAGCAAUAAAACAAAAUGUCCAUUUAAUAUCUGCAUAUAUACAUAUACAGUGUACUUGUACAGUUCAUAUAUUUGAUAGUCAUAUACCUGCAAAUUACCACAGCAGGAAUUGAUGAAGUGUAAUUGUUUUUAUGCCUGUUGUAUUUGAAAUAGGGUAUUAGUGCAGUUUUUAUGAGUUAUUCAUUUUAAUAAUAUGGAAAACUUCUAGUCGGAAAAUGAAGUAAGCAUACAUAUAUUUUCUUUGUAUAACCAAACAUUUAUGUUGUAAUGUUUCUAACAUCAUUUCUACAUAUUGGGUAGUGUGUUUAUGUGUGUUGUAUCUUUGUUACCUGAAGUUGUGUGUACAGCUUACACCUGUAUUCCUGGUUAUACCUAUUUGUACACUUAUUGAUUGUAUUUCCUAUGAACUACUGUGCUCAUGUCGCCCUUUUCUGCCUAUUUAGAUCAUUAUAUAUAUAUAUAUAUAUGUAUACACACACACACACAUACAGAAGGUAAGAAGUUGUUCCUUCAUUAAUUUUGUUUAUUGUUAUUUAUUGUUUGCAUAAGUGGAGUAUAGUAUUGAUAUAUUUUGUAAUUAUAUUUUCAUUUUAUCUUGAUAUACAUGUAGCUGCAUAUUUUAUAAGGAAGAUACUUUAAACACUGGUUGUGGGUCUUUUUAGUAAUUAUUUACUCCUAAUUUGUACUAUUUUGUUCUAAUUUACAGAAUGUAAGUUUCAUUGCAAUUUUUUGAUACAAUCCCCAAACGAGGCUAUAUUUUUUAACAAUUUUAUAUUGAAAGUACUGUUGCUUUUUAUCAAACAUACUUUAAUUAAGUGUAACUAUCAGACUCCCAAACCUGCCAAUGAUUUCAUGUCCAGAUCAUAUUUUAAAUUCAUUCCUGCACAUCAUGAAGAAUUCUUUACAUCACUGAAAUCAAGGAUAAUGAAAUAUGUCUACAGAAAUGAAGUUUCCUAGGAUUAUGAAAUCUGCCUAGCUUAGUAAAAUCUUGAGAUGACUCAUUUUUAAUGAAGUUCGCUUCUUCAUGUAAGAACCUCAAGUCUUUUCUCCUCGUAUAAUUUUAUGUAAUUGCUUGCCUAUUUAAAUUUCUCUAAUAUACCAUUAUGACAUAAAGAGAUGUUUUGCACACAAAGUAUCACCAUAUUGAAUUGCCUGAUUAUAUUUUUGUGUCAAAGUUCAUAGGGGAAAAAACAGUCCAAUCAUGGUUGGUACAUCCUAAGGACUAGAUGACCCCUAUUGAUUUUGAGGUCAAGGGUCAAUCCACUCUGGACAUAGGAAGACAUUGUCCGCUAAGUAUCUUGAAUUUUUUUGGCACUAUUAUCAAUUAAUUAAGUGGUACAUGUGUAGAACCCUUUUCAAUUUUGCACCACAAGGGGGGGGGGGGGGGGGAUAACAUGUUUCUGAAACAUUCUUUUUAAAUCUUUAAGAUAGAAUAUAUUAGAAUAGAUUAAUAGUUAAAAUAUAAAAAAAACAAUGAAUGUUUACGACAUUAUCCAGGCAUGUUGUAGCAUCUUUUUUUUAAAUACAUGUAGAUGAUAAAAAAUAAUUAUUCAGAAAAAUAACCUGUCAAACGUAGGUCAACCCAGACCUCAAAUUCCUAAAUCGGAGUUGGUGUAGUGGUUCAUCUUUCAAUAGAUGGCUUAAUUCAUUGGAUCAAAUUUACAUUUCCACUAUUAUUUAAUAAUACUAUGGAAAGGAGGUGACCAGCCGAUAAAUUUUUUGCCAUUUAAAAACCCAAUAAAUGCUGUUAUCACUUCUCCAUAUAAUGUAUUGUUUUAUGUGGAUAGUUUUAGAGGGCAAGUGACUGUGCUCAAUAGAAAACACCUUAAUUGAAGGUAACAAGCAGACAUAGUUUAUAAAUACCUAAUGUGGUGGAAGUUGAUGAUCAGCCGUCGUCAUUCAUUUUUUCACAUUGAUGAAGAUUCUGGAUGUACAAUUUUUCCUCUAUAACCUUUGACAUAGCAUGCUAUUUUAGUGUGCAAAAGAUCCAUAGUCUAAAAUUUGGAAUCUCAAAAAUUCAUGAACAAUCCAAAAACCUUGUUCUCCUGAUUUCAUUACCAUUUGCCAGAAUGUAACUUUAUGAUAUGUUGUAUUGGGAGGGGAUACCAAGCUUUAUAGAGCCUUAUCUAGAUAUUUUAUACACAAGCGUACAUGCAUCAUGAAAGCAUUUGAAAUAAUAGUAUAUGUUACAUAAACUAGUACAUUGAAACAACAACAUGUAUCAAAAAUGUUUGUUUUAGUUUAAACAACAUUUGAUAACUAUUUUGUUUGACCCAGACAGAUCUUGAGUCUUAAAAAUACAAUUGCCAAUCAAUCAGUAUUAAAUUAACAGGAAAAGUUGCUGUCUUUUGGGUGAGAUCAUGUUACCCAAAGCUGGUGUCUAUGUGAGAGAAUGAUUCUCAAAGGAACAGAGAACUUCAAAGUAACAAAAUUUUAAAUUGAUGAAUAUCAGGGUUAGACAAGUUUAGGCUGUUGGUAAAAUAAGCCAUGAUUCUGUCAUUAACAAUAUUUAUUGUUAUCCUUUGGAAUGCACAUGUGACAAGUACAGGAUUGUCACCAUCGUCGGAAACCCACAGUUGAUUACGCUUCGUUCCUCUCUCCAUCACCCGUGGAUCCAUUCAUUCCUACUCGCUCGUUCUCAUGAAUAAAUAUUUUAAAAUAUCGUCCAAUCAGAGUAAUCGUUAUAGUAAUGUAAGUCUUCUGUUUUUAAAGGUAGCACUAACUUAACUUUGCUAUCACAGCAAUUGUAUACUGAAAUUGGGCUGAAAGCGUCUUUUUGAUUGGACAAAUUCGCUUAGGGUUUUCCAUGAGCGCCCAAUCAAAUUGUCUCAUUAAUUAUUCAUGAGAACGAGCGAGUAGGAAUGAAUGGACCCACGGGUGAUGGAGAAAGGAACGAAGCGUAAUCAACCGUGGGUUUCCGACGAUGGAUUGUCACCCGAGUGUGAUGUUCCUUGCUAAUAAAGCAGCAAUCAGCAGACAUGGUUGUCUCCCUUUGGCUCAUUUCAGAAUCACCGACAACAACCCAUUGUUGUCCUCUGCUUGUUUUCCAACAAAACCUAACACCAUGUGAUGUUUCCCUCCCAAUAAGGUCUUAACAUUUAUUCAUGUGUGAUAUGUUUUAGGAUUAUUUGGAUUUGUUUUGUAUGUUAUUAGCUCACCUAAACCGAAGGCUCAAAUGAAAAAAAUGUGUCUGGGGGUACAUGUAUGUCUAUCAUUAAAAGUUUUUUAUAUUUUUGACCUCUCCAACAGAACUUUUCAAAUGGAUCAGGUUAUAUAAAAUUUGCCAUGAAGCAUCUGUUGGUGAAGAGAAUUCAAUAUUUUACAAUUGAAGGGUAAUACUCUCCUUCUUGGGGAGAUAAUGUAGAAAUGAUAGUGAGUGUUUUAAAAUUCCUUUUCUCAAAAACAAGUGAAGACUUGUAUGAAGGCCUGUUUAUAAUGAAGUUUUUAGUUUUGUUUUGUUUUGGGGGGUUUUUUUGUUUAUUUAUUUUUUUUUUUUUUUUUUUUUUUUUGAAAAUCAGGUGCACAAGAGCAGGGCCACAAUAGUGGUCUAAAGUUUUGCAUAGGAAUGUAUAGGAAAAUUCUUUAGAAAAAUCUUUGGUCCAUAGGCCUCUUGUCUUUUCCCUGGUAAAUGAAUAUGCUAAAUAUAUAUAUACAUAUAUCCUGUAACACAUAAAAUCAAUGGUAUACAGACAAUUUUGUUUAUAGUAAAGAAAAUAUUGUCCAGAAUUUGCCAUAGAAAUUUCCAUCCAUUAAUUUAUAUUUGCCCAAUGAUUAUAUUGUUAAGAUGUAUCAAUACUUGUAAAUAUAUGAUGCCUAGCUAAUCCAUUUACAUAUUUGAUAUAAUCUAUAUUUCAUUAACAAGAAUUGGAAUAUUUUAGACAAUAUACAAUGCUGAUAUAUACCCUCUCCAUACAAUUUAGGCCUGAUUACGUCUGCAAUUUCAUCAGGCAUAGCAGGGUUUGACACAUACUUUUCCUGUAAUGAGUCCAGCUGCAGAAGUUCUACAGCCAGUUUAUAUACUGUUGCUAUUAAAUAAUGAAGGAGGGGGGGGGGGUUAUUUGUGUGUGGAGGGGUUCUCUGCUGCAAGGGACACCUUGGAAACAUUUUAUGAAUUACAGAAAUCCAAUCCACCAAUAUUGGAGAAGUUUGGGGUAACUCGUGGUUGUUUAAAUGGAGUGAAGGUGUAUUUUAUAUUUAUGCUUUAGGUUGAUAAACUUAAUGCUACAACUGUCUACAAUUUUAUUUUAACAAAUGAAUCCAGUCUUCUCAGAUUUCCAAUGCCACGAUAGGACCCAUCCAUCAACCAAUACAUUACAUGUCGCACAUUUUUCUUUUUUACCUCAAACAUUUCAGACCUUGUGUGCAAGUCUUUUAAAAUUAUUAAAGGUGGUUUAAUUAACAUAAAAUUCUGUUGACUUCAUUUUAACUAUAAAUAUAAUGACAAUUCUCUGGUGCUAUAGAUCAUAAUUGAUUCGGUCCAAGUGCCUACUUUAAUUGGUAGGUAAGAGAUGACAUGCUACAUGUAAUACAGUGCAAUAUUGAUUGAUGUGUCAUCAGUAUAUGCUUGUUACAGUAGAUUUAUUUGUAGAUUGUUCUGCUUAUACAUGUAAUAAUUUGUUUGUACGAAUUAUUGUCAGUUUAAAUUGUUUGUUAAAACCCUUUAGUGUAUGAUGUACCUGUUAGAGAUUUCAAUUUUUAGUGGUUGUACUGCAGUAUUUUCUAUUGACUUAUUUUGUUGUUAACGACAAGAAACGUAUAUUGUGAUUUAUAUUACAUUGUAAACGGUUACUAUAUAUUGUAUAGUACAUGUACUUCAACAUCUAUUUCAAAAAUAAAUAUGUUUAAAAAAAAAAUUCUUUUAAAUGAAGAAAAUACAUGCUAUUUCAAUGGUCUGUCAUAGGUUUUUCAACUGAUAAAGAAUAUUUAGUUUAAUGAUUACUAUAUUAAAGGGACAUGGACAUGU